GCGCACGUAUUGAAAAGGGGAUCACCUCGGCCGCCGCGGCUACGCUCGUCCCAUUCACAACCACCUGCUCGCCGCGCAAGCAUCUCCGAGCUACGCGCUCUGCCGACCCGGAGGACCGACAAGCUGAACCAGUGUCAAUUGAGCAGCAAAGGAGCUAUCCAGAGCUUGGCAAGUUGAAAAACAAGAUGAAGGCAGUGAUGGUCGCUUCGAAAUCCAGAUCCUCGGCGAUAUUCUGGGCGAUCUUGUUCGUGGCUUUCUUCGGCGCAGGCAUUUCCGCAAAGCGUGGUUGCUCAGCAUUCGGUCAUUCGUGCUAUGGUGGCCACGGCAAACGCUCCAAUCCCGAGACUGCGGACAUCGAGAUACUGCCGAGAAACGCGAAGGACGAGGGACGCAUUGAUUACGAUAUUGGACACGCCAAUGGUGAGAAAGUUUUGCUCGUACCGUCGCAAGGUUACAAUCGACAGGAUCAACGCCUUAUCAAUUCGCUGCAUGAUCGGCCAAAUUUCAAUGUCUGGUCUCUUCUUGUCAGGAAAUUGCUGCUACCGAUGAAUCGUCAGUACAAGACUUAUGAAGAAAUCGAAUAAUCACAUCAUACAAUAUUAUAAAAAUCGUUACAAUUGCUAUAAAACUUCUAGACAUCAAUAAUUUGACAAAUUUAAAAACCGCCUGAUCAUUGGCAAUACUGAUGAUUCACAAAUUACAAUUACGCUCAAUGUUACAAAAAAAAUAUUUUUUGAUGUGGAUGUUGAUAAAUAUUUUACAAAUAUAUAUUCUUUUUUGUAGCUAUUUGAACAUUAUCAAGUGAUUUCAUUGGCCAUUGACGUUCGCAAAUAAAUCUAUACGAUAUUGUCGUCAUUUUAUAUUGGAUAAUUUGGUUAAAUCUUAACACACUUAGGUUCAGCAGAUAGAACAUUUUACUGAAUGUUAAAUAAAUAAUAGAUGAAAAAUCCUAAUCCUAAUCAAAUGUAUAUGUACAUAAGUUGUAGUGUAUGUUCGAAAAAAUCAUCGUUACCUAUUAAAAACAAUAAAAAUUAAUUCACGUUUCGUUUGAUUGAUCAAAAGAAUUUGAAUAAUUCAUGUCAAAUAUUGAUUGUUAUAUAAACAAAAUGUUACAAUGAUUUAAUAAUCACUUGAAAACAAUGUACUACUGUAUCGAAACGAAUAUAUUUUUUACUCGGUGAAGCCAAAAUACAAAAUUCACUUGAUUUUAUACAAAUUCAAGCUAAAUUUAUGAUAUUAGAAGCUUAUUCCAUUGUACAAAUUAGUUAACAUAUUAAUUUAUGUAAGAUAAACUUUCAAAUACAUGACAGUCAUUUUCUUUGCUUACAGCUCGAUUAAAGUGAUUAGCUAAAAUGAAAAUCUUAAAUAGCAUAUUUAGUAUUAUAUUAAUAAAUGAAUAUUAUUUGAAUGAUAAAUUGACUUAUUAAUUUUCCUUCGGAGUAAGGUGGGUAAAUGUACUGUACUUCAUCAAAUAUUAAUUAAAUUUAACAAAAAUAUUGUCAGUCAUCGAUGAUAUAACAUGGUAUCUUAAAAAGUGACCUAUUAUUCAAAUCCAUAUGUAGAAUCUCACACGUACAAGUUCCUUUAUAUUAUUUGUAUUUUAGUAUAGAGAGACUGUGAGUAUUUUGCUUUCAUGAAUAGGAAGCCUUAAAUCAUCAUUUCAAAUCAAUGGCUUGAAAAGGUUUUAUAGCGGUUUAUCAGUCAUCUUUCUUUCUAUUUUUCAUGAUACCAAGAAAUUUACCCAUUAUUAUGAUGGUUCUAUUCACAUAUGAUGACAUAUUCCAGCAAUUAAGUGGAAAGCGUUCAAACGUCAGAAACAAAUUUCCAUUUGCAUUUCUUAACACCU